AUGAAAUUCCUAAUUUUGACCCCAGAAGAAUCGCUGCCUUUUGUGAUCCCAUCGCUGUCGCCCGUCACACCAUCAGGCUCUAGUAGCCGGAAGGAUAGCUUUGGCAGUACAUGUGAUGAAUGUUGCGCACACCGUCGGAAGGACUCAUCUGCAUCGAGCUUACAACUGCAAUAG